AUGAGUCACUUGCGCCCGUCAGGUAUACUGCCACAAAACAAGGCGCCUGACUACGAAAUCCGACUCGUUCUCGAACCAGCCGAAAUCCUCACCCCGAGCAUUGAAUUGAAAAAUGACGUCCAAUCUACCUUCAACAUGCAGCCGAGUCCCAUCAUGGAGAUCAUAGAAUUUCUCGACACCCCAACCAAGGAAAUGUUCGGGGCCGGCUGGAGCGUUAGCGCCCGCAAAGCUCAAGGCGAUAGCGCUGUCGAAUUUACGUACAGACAUCACUACCCAAUCAAAAACAGCGAUAUUGAUAGCAUUCUCAUCCACGCCAAUUUGCAGGGUUUCAACAAUGAGCCCACUGGUGAUAGUCGGGAGUUCAAGGCACAAGUUGAAUGGGGUUACGAACAAAAGAUGCUCUCAAUGACCACCAAGAAGAAGCUGGAUGGAUUUCUACCCAACGAACUAGAAUUCCCUAAAGCAGACAAUUUGCGGCAGAUGCUAAUCAGGGAAGCGCCAAACAAGUUCAAGCAUUGGAAACUUCAUGACUGGGGUACUUACGCGUUGCAGCGGUCAGUCAUUCAUGGCCCGAUUCAUGUUGAUCGCUACUCCGGGUCGUGGGAUGGCAAGCCGAUCGGCCUUGAGGUUUGGCACAUGGUGAAUGCCUUGGCUGAGAGAACUGAUUACAUCGUCGAGCUUUCCUUUAAGACGAUUAAUCGUUCUUCGGCCUCGUCUAAGCAGAGGAAGCUGGUGGAUGAAAUGAAGAGUAAAGGCUGGCUAGUUGUCGAGGAUGAGGAUCUGGUCAAGACGGGAGCCAUAUUGGAUGCCUACGCCUUUUGAUCUGGCAGCUUUGUUGGAGAUCAUUCAUAACCAACCCUUGUUGGGACGAUGAAGGAGCGAAGUGAUAAGUGGGAAUCUUGGCAUUCAAUAACUCACAAAAAUGCCAGGUUUCGAAUCCUUCCAUUGCUCCUAGCAGGAUGGACGUUCUGAAUCUUGCACUGGCAUCUAAUAUUUUUUUUCUUUUGUUUUUCCUUCUCUUUCCUUCUUUUUGUUUCUCUUUGUGAUUAGUUUUUAAUGGGUUUCGUCAACCACAAACUAUCUGCGAGCCCCGUAUCUGCCAUGUUAUCUAUUGGAAGCCUACAGCAUCAUUGGGAA